CAAAAGCAGCGACUUGCUCACAGUAGUGCUCCACGGACAGAAUGACCAAAGACGACGAGUUCAAGCUGGUCAAGAUCCAGAACCAUGUGCUCAAGGUGAACAUACACUGCGACGGGUGCAAGCACAAGGUCAAGAAGCUCCUUCAGAAGAUCGAAGGCGUGUACUCGGUGGCCAUUGAUGUGGACAACCACAAGGUGUCGGUGACAGGCGACGUGGACUCGGAGACCUUGAUCAGGAAGCUCACCAGGGGCGGCAAGCACGCGGAGCUGUGGUCGCAGCACAAGGGCGGCAGUGCCCAGCAGAAGCAGCAGGCCCAGCAGCAACAGCAGCAGAAGCAAGGUGGCAAUCCGAGCAAGGAUGGGCACAGCAAGAGCAGCAACAACAACGGCGGCCAGAAAAAGGACCAGGGGAAGCAAGGAGGAGGAGGAGGGGUUGGUGGGGGCCUCGUGCAGGGCCUCAAGGCGUUCAAGAACCAGCACGGCGGCAACAAGCAGCACCACCAGCUCCCUGAGCUCCUCAGCUCGGAGGACGAUGACGGCAUGUUCGACGACGAUGACGGCGAGUUCGACGACGACUACGAGGAGGAGCUCCGGUUCCUCGGGGACAAGAUGAGCCAGCUCGGGCUCCACGGCAACGGCAACGGCAACAACCAGCACCACCAUCAGAACAAGAACGGGAACAACGUCGUCGCUGUCAACAGUAACCACAGCAAUGGCAAGAAGGGUAACGGCGGCGCUGCAGCCAAUCGCCACCAGAGCCAGAACCAGAAGAACGUGAAUGUGGUCAACGUGGCAGCAGCGAAUGGCAAGAUGGGCGGCGGUGGAGGAGUCCAGAACCACAAGAACGCUAACGCGAUCAACAUGGCGGCGGCGGCGAACGCCAAGAUGGGUAAUGGCGCCCAGAGGAACGCUGGCGCCAUGGGUGGCAUUGGCAUGCUGGGCCUAAGCCAUGGCCUGGGAGCGGGCGGCGCUGCUGCUGCUGCUCCUCCUCCUGGCUUCCAGCAAGGCUACGCAGGCUUCAACCACCCGCCCUAUGCCGCUGCUGCCGGCUAUGGAGGAGGUCUACAGCAGCAGCAGCAGCAUCUCCAGCACCACCAGCAGCAGCAGAGUAACAGCCUCAUGGCGAGCAUGCAGGGGUACCAUCAUCACCAGUACCCUGCCGCGACGGCCGCCGUGGUGAACAACUUGAGGGGCCUGAACGGCAACAUGGUGAUGAUGCAUCAGCACCAGCCGCAGCCGCAGCCGCAGGCCCAGAUGAUGUACCACUCGUCUCCCCAGAUCAGCAGCCCUUACACCGGCUACUACAACCCUUACAAUUACUACUACCACCACCACCCCCAUCCCGGCAGCGCUGGGUACCCUGCCACCGCCAGCAACGGGGAUGUGGAGAGCAUGUUCAGCGACGAGAACACCAAGGGCUGUGUUGUCAUGUAGGGCGGGACGAGAACACCAUUCCUGCUACCUUUCUUUCUCUCUUUCGUUUCUUUUUCAUUAUUUUACUGCUCUUAUGGUUUUCGCCUGUAUCAAGAGUGAAUCAUGGUGUUGACUUAGAUGUGUUGUUGAAAGUAGGGGCAACUUGAGAGGGGUGACCAAACAGUGGAAUGUACAAUAGGAGUGCCUUUUAGGCUUUUUUACUGCCUAGCGAUUUGCCCUGGCUGGCUUGUU